CGGAAGAGGGUGCGGGGAGAGGGGCGAGGCCUGGUAUAAAGGCCCGCACGCCUGGCCCGCGCGCAGCCUCUCCAUUUUCCUUCUGUACCGCGCUCACCCACCUGGUGAAUACGCAGUGCUUGGGAGGGGUCUUUUCGGGGCGGAGGAGGGUGAGAUGAAGGGGAGCCUCUAGCAGCCCAAGUCCAAGCCUGCCCGGGUCCAGCGUUCUUUACCCCCGACCCGCGUUGGGCGGGCCUGGGCCGGCGAGGGGGCUCCCUAGACGCUGAGCACUUCGUCCGGUCUUUCUCGCCAGCAGCGGCAUGAGCAGCGCCCCCGCGCCGGGCCCCGCGCCCGCCUGCCUCACGCUCUGGGACGAGGAGGACUUCCAGGGCCGCCGCUGCCGGCUGCUGAGUGACUGCGCGAACAUCGGCGAGCGCGGAGGCCUGCGCAGGGUGCGCUCGGUCAAGGUCGAAAGCGGCGCUUGGGUGGCCUUUGAGUACCCAGACUUCCAGGGACAGCAGUUCAUUCUGGAGAAAGGCGACUAUCCUCGCUGGAGCGCCUGGAGUGGCAGCGGCGGCCACCACAGCGACCAGCUGCUGUCCUUCCGGCCAGUGCUCUGCACGAACCACGGUGACAGCCACGUGACACUGUUUGAGGCGGACAACUUCCAGGGUUCCAAGUUUGAACUCACUGAUGACUACCCAUCCCUGCCCUCCAUGGGCUGGGCCAGCAAGGAUGUGGGUUCCAUCAAAGUCAGCUCUGGAGCGUGGGUGGCCUACCAGUACCCAGGCUACCGGGGCUACCAGUAUGUAUUGGAGCGGGACCGGCGCAGUGGGGAAUUCCGUACCUACAGCGAAUUCGGCACUCAGGCCCACACCGGGCAGUUGCAGUCCAUUCGGAGAGUCCAGCACUAAGUUCCGCGGCCCCAGCACCUCCCCAGAGGACCCUCAAUAAAGGCUCCUGAAUCUGCCUGCCCCUCUUGCCUGCUUGGUGUCUUGCUUUGUGAUCUCUAUCCUCAUACUUCUGAGGGUCCCUCCCUGCCAAUCUGAUCCUCCCCUCAGGCUCCAGGACCUUUGACUAUGGAGCAUAAACUGGCUUAGGAUGUACGUAGUUAGACUCUGAUGGAGCUCAGAGGAAACUGCUGGUAAGAAUCUCAGAGAUCGGGCUGGCUUGUGGAUGGUGUAGCAGUUAGGUUCGUGCACUCCACUUUGGCGGUGUGGGG